AUGGCGCCACCAAUCGGGGAAGUUCCUGGAAAUGCCCAAGAGGGAGGCCUGACCUCCGUGUCAUUGACUGGCCCCAAGAUGGAGGAGGAGGAAGUCGCCAAGAUGGCGUGUCUCAGAGGGGAUGUUGUUGAGGCCACCAGGGGGCAUGCAGUAUGGAUGACCGUGGCCAACAUGUUGACUCCCAAUAUGGACAUUCCUGGGAAGGGCCAAUGGGGACGUUCAGCCUCCGUCUCACCGACUGUCCCUAAGGUCGAAGAGGAGGAGGAGACUGCCAAGAUGGAGCCUCUCAACGGGGAUGUUGCUGUGAAGGCACAAGGGGGAUGUUCACCGUGGAUGACUAUGGCCAAGAUGAUGCCUCCAAACAUGGAUGUUCCUGGUGUGGGCCAGCCGGAACGUGUAGCCUCAGAUUCAUUGCCUGUCCCUAAGACAGAGGAGGAGGCCGAAGACACCAGGAUGCUGCCACCCAAAGGGUCUGUUUACACGAAGGCCCAAGAGGGACAUGCAACAUGGAUGACCAUGGCCAAGAUGGAGCCUCUCAACGGGGAUGUUGACGUGGAAGCCCGAGGGGAACCCUUCACCCUGAUGCCUCUCCCUAUCUCCAAGGCCGAGGAGGAUGAAGCCACCAAGCCGGUAACUCCCCCUGCUCCUGCUUGCCGGGAGCGCCCGUACCGCUGCGGCGAAUGCGGCAAAGCCUUCUCCCGCAGCUCGUCCUGUGUCAAGCACCAACGCACCCACACGGGCGAGCGCCCCUAUGGGUGCCCGGAUUGUGGCAAGUCCUUCGGCCAGAGCUCCACCCUCAACCGGCACCGCCAGGCCCACCUGGCCGACAGGCCGCACCGCUGCGCUGACUGCGGCAAGGCCUACGGGACAGCCUCGGCCCUGGCCCAGCACGGCAAGAGUCACCUGGCCGAGAAGCCCCACCGGUGCCCGCAGUGCGGCAAAGGGUUCAGCGAGCGGUCGAACCUGGCGAAGCACCAGCUGACCCACACGGGCGAGCGGCCCCACCGGUGCGCCCAGUGCGGCCGCGGCUUCAGCCAGAAGGCCAAUCUCCGGCGUCACCAGGAGACUCACCGUGGCGCUGAGCCGCACCGGUGCGCUGAUUGCGGGCGGGCCUUUCGCCACGCCCGGCGGCUGGCUCAGCACCGCCGGGCCUGCCACGUGCCCGGCGAGCCCCACUCCUGUGCCGACUGCGGCCAAACCUUCGCCGCCCGUUCCCAGCUGGCCCGGCACCGGCGCGGGCACACGGACGAGCGCCCCUACCGCUGCGGCGUCUGCGGCAAGGCCUACGGUGUCAGCUCCCACCUGCUGGUGCACCUGCGCGGGCACACGGAGGAGCGGCCGUACCGCUGCGCCGAGUGCGGGGCUGGCUUCGCCGAGGCCGCCAAGCUGGCCCAGCACCGGCGCAGCCACACCGAGGAGAGGCCCCACCAGUGCGCGCAGUGCGGGCGGCGCUUCGGCCUGCGCUCCAACCUGACGCGGCACCAGCGGACCCAUUCCGGCGAGAAGCCGCACCGCUGCGGCCAGUGCGGCAGGGCCUUCAGCCGCGGCUCCAACCUGGCCCAGCACCAGCGGACUCACCGCGGCGAGAAGCCGUACCGGUGCGGCCAGUGCGGCAAGGCCUUUGCUGUCAGCACCCACCUCCUCAUCCACCAGCGUUCCCACACCGGGGAGAGGCCCUUCCCCUGCCCUCACUGCGGCAAAGGCUUCACCGUCAGCUCCAACCUCCGGCAGCACCUGCGGAUCCACACCGGGGAGCGCCCGUACCCCUGCGCCCAGUGCGGGAAGAGCUUCCGGGCUCGGACUCACCUCCGGGCCCACCAGAAACUCCACGCAUGA